UGCUGCCACAUGCUGCGCCGAGCUUGGCUUCAUUCUCUCGUGACGCUGUCCAGGCCCGUCCCUAGUCGCCACUUCAGCGUUUGUUUUGUUAUCGAAGAUCCCCAUAUUUAACGGAAAGUAAUAUUUACAAAUAUCUUCAUAAUGAGUACAGCUGCGGAGCGAAAGUUCAUUAAUCUAAGGAAGCGGUUGGAUCAGCUUGGAUAUCGACAACCACUGGGAGUGGAGAGUUUGCCUUUGGUGGAAAAACUUUUUAGUGACCUUGUUCAUACAACUGAAAGCCUCCGGAGUGCUAAGCUAUCUGCUGGGAAAAUUGAAAAAGAAUACAGUAACUAUGAUGUUGUUUUGGAACCUUAUCGAGAAGAAAAUGCUAGGCUCACCCGUGAAAAUAAUGAAUUACAUCUAGAAGUUCUGAAACUGAAAGAGCAAUUGGAGCAGCGGGUCAAAGAUUUGAAAGCUACAUUGAGGAAAGUUGAACAUGAGAAUGCAGAUAUGAAAUUUCUGAAUAACCAGUAUGUACAUAAAAUUAGAUCGUUAGACAAAGAAAACAAAGCUAAGAUUGACAAGAUCCAACAGCUGCAAGAGAAAAAUCUCCAAGCAGUAGUUCAGACACCAGGUGGUAGGAAAAGAAAUAUUCCAUUCAGACGUCAGCGUAUGCAGAUAGAUCAACCUGUCCCUCCCUCAGGAAUUGAUGCCUAUCCAAUUCCUCAGCCAGAUGACCCAUAUAUUGCUGAUCUUCUUCAGGUGGCUGAUAACAGAAUUCAUGAACUGCAACUGGAAGUAGCUGAUUUGCAGGAGAAGCUAGAAAUAGCUGAACGUGGAAUGAAAAAUUACAGCAAACAGGUUGAGCUGCGAGACAGUGAGAUUGAGCGUUUAUUCCUAGCAAUGGAUGGUGGUCGCUCUCAUGAUGCCAUAUCUCUAGAAGCCAAAAGCAGAAGUAAUGAAAAAAUUAUUGCUCACUUGAAUUUGCAGGUUGAUUUUCUGCAGCAAACAAACAAAGAGCUUGAAAUGCGCAUACAUGAUCUUUUGGAUAGUAGGCAAAAUGCGACUAGUGAGGUGGUUCAUUUAAGUAAUAAAAAUGAAGAACUGUGCCAGGAAUUGAGUGAAAUAGAUCACUUGGCCCAACAGUUGGAAAGGCACAAAGAAAUUGUGCUUGAGACUGCAGAUAAAGAAAUUGGAGAGGCUAAGGAAGAAAUUAAAAAAAAGUACAGUGAAAUCCAGGAUCGUGAAGAGACUAUAGCAAGACUUAAGUCAGAGUUAUCUUCAUAUCGUAGAGAAAAAGAGAGACUGACUGAAGAACUCCUUGGAAAAACAGAGGAUAAACAAAAUCUUGAAAUGUUAUUAAACCAGGCUCAAUUAGAGAACCAUAGACUGGCCAAAAAACUUGAAAACCUUGAAAUUAUAGAUCGUGAACUUGUUAUAGAACUAGAGCGAAUGAGGUUAGAAGGCGGCAUAGCGCUUGGAGACAAAUCACCUUCUCGUCUAGAUGCAUUUAUAAAGACUAUAGAAGAAGACAGGGACUACUAUAGGCGAGAACUUGAAUGUCUCCAAAAGAUACUUAAACGAAGAUCUAGUCCAUUACGCCGGUCUCCAGAAAAGAAUGAUGAUCUUAGAUUAGUUACCAGAGAAAGAGAUGAGUUGCAAUCUAUGCUGGAUAAAUUUGAAAAACACAUGAUAGAAAUUCAAUCUAAUGUCAAACUGUUAACUGCAGAAAGAGACAAACUAAGUAUUCUUUAUGAACAGACUCAGGAUGAGUUAAACCUUUUACGGAGAGAAACAAAAACUUGUUUUCUGACUCAAAGUCAUGCAGAAGAGGAACGAAACAUUGCAUUGGCUGAUUUCAGACGAUUAGUGGCAGAGAAAGAAGGGCUAAGGGAGAAAUUAAAGAUCCAACAGAAGGACAAUGCUUUAGAAAAAUCAAAGUUGGAACAGGAAAUUUCAGAGCUAGAAUGCACUGUUCAAAGGUUGGAAACAGAACAGCUUGACCAGAUAACUACUAUUUCUUUACUGAAAGACAAAAUAGUCUGCUUAGAAGAUGAAUUAAAUGCUAAGUGUCAUCAACUCUCCCAGUCAUCUGAAGAUACUUCACAAUUUAAGACAGAGUUAACCUCACUUCAGUUACUAAAUGAACAAAUACAGAAGUCCCUAAAUGAGGUACAGCACAAAUUAUCUCUUAAAGAAGAUGAACUUCAUUCAACUCAAAAUGAUAUUGCAGUGCUAGAAGACAAAAUAGAUAAAUUCAAUAAUAAGAACUCCACACAAGAUGAAACUAUUAAUGUGCUCAGAAGUACUAUUAAUAUCUUGGAUAAGGAAAAGGACAGCCUUCAGGAAAGUAUAGAUGAAAAGACUGAAAGAAUUGCAUGUCUAGAUGACAAUUUAGCCAAUAAGGAAAAAACUAUUCUCAAUUUGCGACAAACGAUUACUCAAUUGGAGUCGUCUUUAGACCAAUUAAAGGAUGCCUUAAAUGGUAAAGACCGCGAACUAGCCAGUUUCCGUCGCCAGCUUGAUGCAAUACACUCUGAGCUUGGAGAAACCGGCAGGGUGAAAGAAAUGGCUCUGAAGGAAAACAGAAGACUGCAGGAUGAUCUAGCCACAAUGGCCAGAGAAAACCAGGCAAUCUCAACUGAAUUGGAAAUAGCCUUGCGUGAAAAAGAAGAAAUGAAAAUUAGAGUUCAUAAUUACAUAACUGAAGUCUCCAGGUUUGAAAGUUUAAUGUCCUCAAAGGAAAGAGAAAACAAGGAGUUGUUGGAGAAGUUCCAGAUGCUCCACAGCCAAGCUGAAGACUGGGAAGUAAAGGCCCAUCAAGCUGAGGGGCAAAACAGUUCUGUACGACUAGAACUCCUUUCUGUUGAUACUGAGCGAAGACACCUUAGAGAGAGAGUGGAACUGUUGGAAAAAGAAAUUCAGGAGCAUAUCAUUGCACACCAAGCUUAUGAAUCACAGAUCUCUUCAAUGGCAAAAAAUAUGGCCAGAAUGGAGGAGAGUCUCAGGCGAGAAAAAGAAGAAAAAUCUUCAAUCACUGUUGAUGUGACUUCUGUUAGAGAGUUGUGUGUUAAACUGGAGUCUAACAAAGACCUUAUAUCACGUCAGUUAACAUCCAAAUCUCUGGAUUUGGAGAGGGUUAUGUCAGAGUUGGAUGAUGCAAAAGCAGAGGCAGAACUGUUAAAAAAGCAACUGUCCAGUGAGCGACUUACAAUACAAAACCUGGAAACACUCUUGGCUACCUGCAGAGACAAAGAUUUUCAGAAUCAUUUGAUAACCCAUGAGAAAGAUUCAGAAAUACAGCUACUCAAAGACAAGUUAACACUCUCAGAGAGUAAACUAACAAGUCUUAAUAGAGAAGUUUCUAUACUCCGAAAUAAACUUGCACAGCUGCAGGCUGAUUAUGAUAUUGUAAAAAGACAGCUGACAACAGAACGAUUUGAACGGGAACGUGCCAUUCAAGAGAUGCGUCGGCAUGGCCUCUCUACAUCUUCUCUACGUGCUUCAUCCCCACUUAGUUCAACGUUGAGAUCUCCUUCACAUUCUCCAGAGAGAGCUCUUACAAUAACAACAGAACGAACAGACAAUUCAGAAAUAAAGUUUGAAGAAAUGACCCAGCUGAGCUCCAGCUUUUAAAGGCGUAAAACAAGGGAGGUUAGAUAGAAAAACCAUUAGGUAAGUGAAGAAAGGAUGGAUCUUAUUUCAAGAAGACCAAUACUCUUGAAGUUCUUUUCAUAACGAUGUCAUAAUAUAAUAGCACAGGGGUCCUCAACACUACACCCAAAGAUGUUAUGAUACCUACAGGGACCUCCAAUGCCACCCACACUGCUCUUCAUUCACUUGCCCCAUCAAAAAAAUAAUAAUUAAAAAAUUGAAAAAUAUUUGUGUGCCAGGUUCUCCUUCCUGUACUUGAACCUGCCACUGAUCAACUGUUUAGCAAGCAGACACAGAA